AAAGGAGCGAUGAUUCGGUAGAUAUCUUAAUCAACACAUACAGAUAUCUAUGUAUCUCCCGCACUCCAAGCAACAACCAUUUGCAGCUGUGCGAUCUCCCCUAGGUGAUAUGGAACUCGGAGAUAUCCUAUAUCCUUUUAAACCCAUGAUCUUUAUUAAAUCUUCCCAAUGUGGUUAUAAGAGGUUAUUUCUUUCACUCUUUGUGAUCUCCCUCAUGCCAAUGGAGAUAUCCUACAUCCUUUUAAACCCAUGAUCUUUAUUAAAUCUUCCCAAUGUGGUUAUAAGAGGUUAUUUCUGUUACUCAAAUCGGUGUGUGUGUCUAUAUAUCACCUGAGCUUUUUGCCCAAAUAUUUUUAUAUCAGUUUGAAAUUAACAGGGAUUAUGAUUUAUCAGAGAAAGAAUUAACUGUGCUGAAUGAAAAUGUUUUUGGACAUUUUAAGUGCAGAUCAAGGCAUUGAUCACUACAGGGACCGGAUACUUAGAACAAUAAUACUAUCUCAGGAGAAUUAAAACAUUCUACCAGUGAUAUUUGUCAAAGAGAAAUUCCAGCAUGUAUGAUUCAGGACACAUCAGAUAAGCCCGCCCUAAUAUCAAGUCUGUGAUGGGAUCUCCCAAAAGGAAGUUUGAGGGUGAGUACUUCGACAAUGUGUCAGUUUCCAACAAAAGAAUUUCAAUGCAGAAUACCGUUGAUGUGGAUCCCAAUCAAAGUGAGAUCUCUUGUAGUAAAGAUGGUUCAACGUGGACAAAUGGUGAUGGAUCAUUAGCUAAUCUUGAUCUAAUUUUAGUGACUAACAAUGAAAAAAUGCCAGAACAAACAAAUGAUAGAGCUUAUCAAACAAGUUGUAUAGCCGGUGAGGGUACUUCCAUCUUUAUUAUGUUGAAAGAUAAUAUCUCAAAAGAUGAUGGGACUGACAAAAUGGGAGUAGAAAAUGAUUUAUCAGCUAUCAAUUCAUCUACCAAUGAGGCAGCAUUCCAUGACAUUCAAGCAUCACCUGCAGCAGAAGAAAGUAACGAUACAAUUUAUAUCCAAGCUGGUUCUGGGGUAGAGUGGAUGCUUCCACAAGGAAAUAUACCGCACAACCUGAGGGAUGGCUCACAGAGUAGCGACACCCCAAGAAUCAGUGCUAAACUUGAAGAUUGUGAUUCACAUUAUGGCGUUACUCAAGAUUUACACAAUAACACAAACUUAUUCCUAGAGACAUCUUCAAACACAUACCAUCUGGAAGCUACCAGUUUUACUGAGGAUGACAAGAAUGCGGAAGUAGAAAGAAUAAGAGGUUACACACACGAAAUCCCAAAAAUCCACUCAGGUGCAAUUUGCACCUUUCAGUCAGUUUCUACGCCUGUUGAUUCUUCUGAUCCUACUAGGCUAUAUAUGUCAGAUAAGAAAGCAACUACCAACAGUGUAGUUGUACAGCAGACUGAGAGCUUGCUGGACAGCUCUGGUGCAGCACAUCAGUGUGAUGUUGUCUCUGUGGAAGCCAGCCUAAAGUUCCUUCAAUCUGGCCUAAAAGAAGGAGGAAGUGUGCCUCCAUCACCAAUUAGAGGUUUAAUACUAUCUCCUCCAAUUUUACCCAUGAAGCAACAUAAUCAAUUGGAUUCAUGUAAUGAAGAAUGUGCAAAUUUCUCAUUUAGAUUAGAGAACAAGUUUGGUAAUGAUUCAUCAGGGAACACUUUUAGAGAGACAUCUAACUUAGGAACUGAAGACGAAUCCGAAUGUGUGAAAUCAGCUAUUAAUGAUAAAUACAAACAUACUGAUCAGGAGGAGAAAAUACUUUUGUCACCAUCAGCAAGUCAUAUCAUGUCUUCUGAUAUAACCCAGGGCCAGGUCACAAGUUCAAAUUUUGCCUUGCCUAAUACAGAAAAAAGUUCUAAAUUUUCACGGAAAAAGUUAAUUGUUCUUGAUUUGAAUGGAUUACUGGCUGAUAUCAAUCAGGAUUACCGGAAUGCUCAUAAAGCACAUAGCAAAGUUGGAGGGAAAUUAGUUUUCAAAAGGCCCUUCUGUGAUGAUUUUCUCAAGUUUUGUUUCGAGAGAUUUAAUGUAGGUGUCUGGUCCUCAAGAAGAAGAUACAAUGUGGACUCUGUGGUUGAAUAUCUCAUGGGAGAUUUGAAAAAUAAACUGUUAUUUUGUUGGGACCAAUCAAAAUGCACUGACACUGGAUGUGUGACCAUCGACAACAUUCAUAAACCACUUCUUCUCAAGGAGCUAAACAAAUUAUGGGACAAAGAGGACCCUGACCUUCCAUGGGAAAAGGGAGAAUACUCAGCAUCUAACACAUUACUUAUAGAUGAUUCUCCUUACAAAGCUCUUUGCAAUCCCCCUCACACUGCUAUUUUCCCAGAUCCAUAUAGUUUUACCAACAAAGAUGACGAUUUCUUGGGACCUGAAGGCAGGCUUCGUCAUUAUUUGGAAGGGCUAGCAAUGGCAGAUGAUGUUCAACUAUAUAUUCAAGCAAAUCCUUUUGGCCAGAAUCCUAUUGCAGAUAGUAAUCCAUCAUGGAAAUUCUACCAUCAGAUCAUUGAUAAAAUUCAGAACUCAUCAUCUCUAACUACUUGAAGCUGAUGGUUUCUCCUCAUUGCCUGUGCUGUAGUGAUUGUAUUUUUCAUAAAGGUAAAUGAUUAGGUUGUUCAUUAGUAGAUGUCCCAUGCACAUGUCUAAACCUGAGGAUUCUUCAGAAACUCUUCUGUGUAUUGAAGUGUAUGCAUAAUGUAGACUGAUGCUUGGGACAGGUCUCCCUUUUUGCUGUUUAUAGAAGUGGUAGAAGGUUUUGUUUUUUGUAUUUCUGUUGUUUCUUUUUCUUUUUUUUUUCAGAGAGAAGCUUUUACAUUUUGACAUUGUCAUUAGCAACAGUUUAACCUGAUAUAAUUCUUUAACUUCGCA